AUGGACAACCCCAGCGCCCAAUGCCCCAUCCUCCAGCUGGCCCCUGAAGUCAUCCUCCUCUUCACAAACGAGCUCCCCGACCACGCCAAGGUCCUCUUGUCGCAAACAUGCCGCGACCUCAGGCAAAUUCUGCGCCAGCAGGGGCUGCCACCGCUCUCAGCCCGCGAGCACGUCAGGCUCCUCGUCCACCUCUCCCGCGCCAACCCUCACGUCUGGGCGUGCGCAACAUGCAAGGCGAGGCACCGCGUCACCAGAAAUGAUCUCUGGGGGGACCAGCGGCUCUCGUCCUGCCCCAGGCUGACCGUCCCAUGGCGGCCCGGAGGCUUUUUCGCGGUCAACCACGUCCGGGUCCAGCUGGCGCUCAAGUACACCCGGCUGGGGAUGCACAGCGCGAGGAUCCGCUCCUACCUCAAGAGGCUUCUGAGAUACGAAGGCGGCGUCCGAAUGGUCAAGGACGGCCGUGGUCUCAACAUCUUCGUCUCGUCCUCGCGCCCCAGGGUGGUGGCCGGAAGGUUCCUGGUCAAGUACACCUGGGAAUACGCACUGGACAGCGCUUCGUCCGCACCCACACCGUUGCCAAUGCUGGUCCUGUGCCAUCACCAAAAGCUCGCGCGACCGGCUGAGGGCGUCGUCUGGGGCGAGGAGAGGAAACAACUCGUCCGAGCCGUGGAGGGAGCGCUGUCAGAUGAUCUGAGCGGCGUUGAGUACUGUCGCAGCUGCCCCUUUUGCCCGACCGACUUUGCCGUUCGAAUCUUUGACGAGGGCAUGGUCAUUGAGGCCUGGAAAGACUUUGGGCCCGAAGACGGUCCCGGUAAUCCCACUUGGAGGUCUCAUUCCUCCACCGAAGCUCGACGGAAUCCCAGUGAUUUUGGAAGGGUUCGCCGGCUAUAUUAUGGGGUUUUGAAAGGAGGCCCUCUGUCAUAG